AUGUUGAGCGUGUGGGCGUUCGAGGAUGCCGACACCAACCUCUACGCUCGGAUGUACGACGCUGCCGACGGGCUCAAACGAGGGCGCGUCAAUCUGGAGCAGAGCCAGCUGCAGCGCUCGGGUUUGCCGCUGCCGACGCUGCAGCAGGUCUGGCAGAUAGCGGACACCGAUGCCGACACCGAGCUGACGCGGCCCGAGUACUACGUGGCUUGCCACAUCAUCAUGCGCCACCUCAAGCGGCAGGGCAUGGGCGUCGGUGGCGACGGCAUGGGCGGGCUGGGCGGUAUGGGCGGUAUGGGUGGGAGCAUGGACGGCUGGGCUGGCUGCGGCGCGAGCGGGGUGGGCCAGCUGGGCAUGGGCCAGCUGGGCGGGUGCGGCGCGCCGGCUCCCGGCCUCGGAGGAGGAGGCCGUGUCGGCGGCGGAGGAGGAGGCAGUGUCGGCGGCGCGCUGGUCGGCGACGUGCUGCAGCCGGGCACGCGCUGCUGGUACGUGGAUCAGGGCGAGAGGGUGCUCGUCACUGUCCUCAAGGUGCACUACGAUGACGUGACGCCGUACUACACGGCCACAAUGCCGAGCGGGAUUGAGCGCUCCACAGUCCGCGAGAAGCUGACCCCCGCCACCGAGUCCGAGGCGGUGGCGGCGGCGGCGGGCUCGCUGCCGCCGAUGAUGUCACGCACGGCUGCCUCCUCGGCCGCCUCUGCCGCCCCAAAGCCGGCCGGCGGCGCCACCGCCCAGCUGGUGGAGCUCGUGGCUCGCGGCGGCGCCGUCAGGCGCGCCGCCGUGCUUGGCGCGCUCGCCCGCGUGUGGCACGAGGCGGCGCCGGAGCUCGUCCCGGCAAACCAGCGGCUCGACGAGUGGGCUACCGGCGCGGACCUCGACUCCGGGGCAGUCGUGCGGCUUGCAGCGGCGGCGGCGGGCCUCUUCCACGAGGCUGCCGCGGCGGGCGGCGGCGCAGCGGGCGGCGGCGCGCCGGUGCCAGCUUACUCCGCGCCGGCGGGCCAUGGCGGGGGCGGCACGCCCGACGCGUUUGCGGAUUUGGGCGGCGGCUUCGGCGCUCCGGCGCCGGCGCCGGCCCCCGGCAUGAUGGGGGAUUGCAGAAUGGCGGCCGGUGUGGCGGCCGGCGCCGGCACGACCUACGGCCUCGACGCGGCAGCGACGCACUGCUCCGCCCCUGGCUGCAGCGCCGACGUGUCGAGCACGCCAAUGAUCGACCCAUCCGCCUUCCCGAUGCCAGCGCCGAGCUUCGGGGCCGCGAGUGCGCCGGCCGCAGGCGUGGCCGGCGUCGACUUUGGCGGAGGCGCUGCGGCGGUCGGCAGCUGCGCGGGGGCCUACCCAGCUGGGGCGGGCGUGGGGGCGGGCGUGGGGAUGGGCGGCGUGGACGGCUUGGGCGCCGCAGGUGGGCUGGGCGGUUUGGGAGGCGGGAUGGGCGGCGGGUUUGCUGGCUUGGGCGGGGUGGGCGGCAUGGACGGGGUGGGUGACACAGGUGGGAUGGCGGCCGGCGGCGGCAUGGCGGCCGGCGGCGGCAUGGCGGCCGGCGGCGGCAUGGCGGCCGGCGGCGGCAUGGGUUCCGCGUGCCCACCUGGCUUUGGCCCGCCACCGCACGACCUCGGCUUUGGUCCAACCUCGACGGGCACCUCCCCUCCGAUGCUUGCCAAUGGGGGCUUCGGCGCGGACGCGGCCUCGCCCCUCGGAGGGCAGGCCGGCGGCUCGUUCUGCGGCGCUUCCUUCGGCGGCGCACCGGCCGCGGGCUUUGGAGCUUUCGAUACCAUGGGCGCCGCGAGCCGGCCCGGCGGGUGCGGCACAAACCCGACGAUGGCCGACUUUGGUGGCGGGUUUGCGCCGGCACCGGCGGCGCCGGCACCGGCGGCUUCCGGAGGGGGCUUCGGGGCAGAUUUCGGAGGAGCCGCCGGGUUCGGGGCCGCAGCCUCUUUCGGGGCGGAGUUUGCGCCGGCUCCUGCCCAGGGCGGUUUCGACUGCGGAAUUGGGGGCGGGAUGGCCACGCCGGCGUGCCAAGGCGGAGGGUUCGACGCUGGCGGUUUCGCCACCAGCUUCGGCGACGGCGGCGCGGCGGGCGGCGCGGCGGGCGGCUUUGGCGGCGCUGUCUCCUCCUUCGACGCCGAAGGGUUCGACGCCGCGUUCGGCGCCCCCGCCUCGCCACCCGCCACGGCACCCGCCGCGCCCACCACGCCGCCGGCCGCGCCUCCGUCGGGUCUGCCACACUCUGGCGGCAUCUCUCCGAUGUCUGGCCCCGAGCUCAUGCAGUACCGCUCCCUGUUCCACGGCCUG